AGGGGAGAGGAAUAAAGAAAGCGCCAGUGUUGUCUUGCCGGUCGCGGGGGGAGAGCUGGAAAUUUCAGGCGCGAUGGAGAGUGUCGCAGACGAGCACGGCGAUCGAUCGCUCUCGAGCUUCUUGCAUGCUGAUCGGCUCGCCGCAGCUCAGGAGGAGAGUUUGGAGAAGGAUUCCGAGGACGAGAGGAAAGGGAAGACCAAAAUGGCGACCUUGAAAGCGAUCGCCUCCAAGAAAUUUAGAUCUUCUCUCAAGAGAAGGGGGAAGAGGCGGCCGGACGCGAGGAGUCAAUCCCUCUCGAUUGAGGACAUUCGCGACGCGGAAGAGGAGACGUCGGUGGAAGCGUUUCGAGCAGCUUUGGCAGUGGAGAAUCUUCUCCCGGCCGACCACGAUGAUUACUACACUCUUUUGAGAUUUUUGAAAGCCAGGAGGUUCGAUCUGGAGAAGGCCAAGCAAAUGUGGGCCGAUAUGCUGCAAUGGCGCAGGGAAAACGGUGUCGAUACGAUUGAAGAGGAUUUCCAUUUCAAAGAGCUGGAGGAAGUGAGGAAAUACUAUCCACAAGGCCACCAUGGAGUGGACAAAGAAGGAAGGCCUGUAUAUAUUGAGAGGAUCGGGAAGGUGGAACCCAACAAGCUGAUGCAAGUCACAACGCUUGAAAGAUAUUUGAAGUAUCACGUGGUUGAGUUCGAGAGGACCAUUAAGAAAAAGUUUCCUGCCUGCUCAGCGGCUGCUAAGCGGCACAUCGACUCCACAACAACAAUUUUGGACGUAGCUGGAGUGAGCUUAAAAAACUUCAGCAAGCCUGCAAGGGACCUUAUUAUCAAUAUUCAAAAGAUUGACGGCGAUAACUAUCCCGAGACAUUGCAUCGUAUGUUUAUUAUAAAUGCUGGUCCUGGAUUUAAGCUUGUGUGGAACACCAUACGGGGAUUUUUAGAUCCGAAAACAGCUACCAAAAUAUCUGUACUCGGAAACAAAUUUCGCAGCAAGCUUCUGGAAGUUAUUGAUGCUAGUCAGCUUCCUGACUUUUUGGGUGGAACUUGCAUUUGCUCUGGGGAUGGUGGAUGUCUUCGUUCUGAUAAAGGUCCCUGGAAGGAUCCUGCCAUACUGAAGGCUGUAAUGGAGGGGCAUGUGAAGUUCGUAAGGCACGUUGUAACUGCUCCUAAACGAAAUAAUUUGCCUAGGGGAAAGAGUCAUGAUCCUGAUGUUUCAACAGCGGAGUCCGGAUCAGAUGGAGAAUUAACAUCCCCCACAAGAACACGCUCUUGCGAUGUACUAAAAGCGGUGUCGGAAGAGGUGACUAGCAAGCCUGUAGACAAUUCAGAUUUGUUGGAGAGUUUUUCGAUACUGGAGGAUGGUGAUAUAGUUCCGAUGGUUGAUAAAGUGGUUGACAACGGCUAUGUGAAGGAGAGUAACCGGAUCACGAAGACAGAACUAUCCUCAAAGAACGAAACAAGGACCUUUCUACAUUUUUGGGCUGCAGUAGCGUACAUUUCUUUUUUCUUUCAGUGGGUGUGGAGCUACAUCUGGAGAGCGUUCUCGCGCAAUAACGAAGAGCUCUAUGGUUUCAACAAGACGCAAAAUCAAGAGCCUAGUAUUACGGAUGCUAGAGUGGUUUAUGCUGUCCCUUCACCAGAGCUUGUGGACAAAAUCAUCUCGCCAAAACUCAAAAAACGCAUGGACAAGCUAGAAGAGAAAGUCACCGAGCUGUCGAAAAGUAAACAGCCUCCGGAAGAGAUACCUGAUGCUACUGCCGAACGAAUUAAGACGCUUGAAGCAGAAGUAGCGGAGGCAAGAAAAGCGCUCAAGGCUGUCCAGGAAGAACUCUACAAUUGCUUAGAGCAGCUGAAUGAAUUUAGGUGGCUGAGACGACCGAGGUGGUGUUGAGCUCGUAUAUAUUGAGCGUAUAUAUUCUCUUGUAAGAAAGGCACACUUAUGUCCAUAAGAAGUAAUUUAAGCUUCCUGUCCACUC